AGACAUGCAGAGAACUGAUCUGGUGCAGAGGCUGUCAGAGAGCAGCUCAGGACUCAAAGCUGCAGGAUCAUCAGCUGAAGGAUUUGAUGUGGAGGAAACAGAGAAAGAGAAACACUCUGAGGAUGAACGUUGGCCUGCACUGAUCCACAAAGUAGAAACGAUGGAGUCUGUUAUUGAGCUGCUGCUGGAAACUCUGGAUGCUCUGAAUUACCGGGAGCUCAGUGAGUUCAAUAAGAACCUGCGACAAAUUCAUCGCAAAUAUGACUCAGACUUUUCAUUGACGCCGUACAGGGGGACAAACCUGCAGCACACAGUGUUUCUGAUGGUGCAGACUUACGGCCAACAGUCAGUGGAGAAGACCAUGGAGGUCUUAAAGAAGAUGAAGAGGACUGAUCUGGCUCAGAGGCUGUCAGACUGCAGCUCACUGCCUCGAAAGAAACACUCUGUGGAUGAACGACGCUCUGCACUGAUCCACAAAGUGGCAACAAUUGCAGCUGUUAAACAUCUGCUUUUAGAAACUUUGAAUGAUUUGAGUGAUGAGGAGCUCAAGAAAUUUAAGAGGGUCCUGCAGAUCAUUAUUCCUUGGUGGAAUCUGUCAUUCUUCUCAUGGAGGUUGAGUCCAUCAUCAACCAGAGCAGCUGUAGUGAAUCUGGUGGUGGAUGAACUUGGUCAGCAGUCUGUGGAGGUGACCAGAGAAGUUUUCAUGUACAUGAACAGAACUGAUCUGGUGCAGAAGUUACCAGAGAGCAGCUCAGCAUCCAGAGGAGUUAACCUUCAGUUAUAACAGGAUAAACUUCUAUGAAGUGUUCAUUGAGAAUCCAGACAGAAAACUCAGGCUUACACUCCUGCACUCAAAUGAUGAUGAACCAGUCUGGACAUGUAAUGUUCAUCAAG